UCCAUUGUGCUGAUGAUCCAGCUGUCUGCCGUCGCAUCGUUCCGCAACCUGGCCAAGCGCGCCGACCGCGGGCUGUACCACGGCGUGCGGAUUGGGUAUGGCAACCAGAUCUCGCACUCGCACCGCAAGACGCGCCGCAGGUGGCUGCCGAACGUGCAUCUGCGGACGCCGUACUUGAGCCUGCUGGACAAGCAUGUGCGCCUGAACACGACGUCGAAGGCGACGCGGACGAUCGACCUCGCCGGCGGCAUUGAGCGCUACCUGCUCAACCUCAACCCGGAGCGCGUUGCCUCAAAGCGCGGCGACGAGCUGCGAGCCCAGCUCCGCCAGCGCGCCGAGCUCAUCGCCGAGGCAAUGGACGCCAUGGGCAUCUCGUCCUUCCAUAUGCUGGCUGCCAGCCCGACCACCUCCGUCACAAAGCCGCGUGGCGACCUUGCACGGCGCCUCACGACCACCUGGAUGCUCGAGCCAGAGCUCCGCUCGCUCACCGUCCUCUCUGUGCCGAUGGAUCGCAAGACGGCUGCCCAGGCCACCGCCGACUACAUGUCCCGCACGCUCGCGCAAGAGGCGUCCGGCGGCAAUGCUGCUGCUGAUGCUGCUGCUGCUGCUGCUUCUUCGUUGAGUGCAAGUGCUGCAGCUACGGAUAGAUUGGAGAGCAUCUUGUCGUCCAGCGACGCUACUGAAGGCGACCUUGCUGCUGCUGAUGCUGCUGCUGCUGAUGAUUCUGUUGCUGCUGCUGCUGCUGAUUCUACUUCCUCGGCGUCAAAUGACGAGUCGUCGGCGAGUGACAGCGGUGAGGCUGCGGCUGCGACACGCGCAGCUCGCGCCAAGACGUCCAUUGCCGCCAUGAAGAAUCUCAUUGCACGCCUUGGCGAGCGUGUGCCUUCUCUGUUGAGCGGGAAAGAUGCAGCUCUGAUGGAUGCGUUCAGGGGCCUGAUCUCGGAGGACUUGUACAAGACGCUGCUCGCCGACGAGGUCAAGAAGCUGCGCGGUCUGCACGCCAACUUUUUGGGCAAGCCGCUCAACGACGAGGACGUUCAAUGGCUCACGUCAAAGAAGAACAAAAAUGCAGAGACCUUCGUGGCGCUCUUCACCAACCUCGGCAACACCAUCGCCGCCGAACUGCUCAAGCGGGACUCGCUCAAAAUGCGUCGUCGGGGCUUCCUCGGUCUGUUCGACCAACCACUCCUCUGCGAAGUCAUCCAGCAGCGUGACAUUGCCUUCCAAAUUGCCGGCACCAUUGUCGCUCGCUUGGCCGAGCGCAUCCAGGUGCCCGAUCUCAAAGGGCAGCUUGACGCUGUGCGCGCCGAGGCGAUUGCCCAGUUCGUGGAGGCCAACCCACCGAUUCCGCUCGUCAGCCCGUUCAUCCAUGACGAGGCGGAGAUUCUCAUCCGCAAUAACCUUGUGCGAACCUUGCCUGACGUGGCCACGCCCGAGUCCCUGCAAGAGUGCCUCAAGACGCACUACCCGACCCUCCUCCCAAUCCUGCUGAGCGAUGGUACUCGGUUUGUGCUCACCCCAAGCGUGACGCGCCUGGUCGAAAUCCAACGACUGCAGCAACGUCGUCCGCUCCUUGCGACGUUUGCAACGCGACAGGCCCUCAACGCGCCUCCGCUGACGCUGACCGAGCACGGCCAAAAGGUCGUGAGUGCUGCCCUUGCGGCCAACUCUCCCGCCAAUGUCAACUUUGCCGCUGCCAACCAGCUACUUGCCGAUGCGCUAACUAUCAACGAGAGCACGAGCGACUCGCAAGAUCGUGCCGAUCGCGCUGCGGCCGCCGAAACCAUCUGGCAGAACGUUUCGGCAAGCUUUGCUACAGAGGUGCAGGCCGGGCGCGUGUGGGCCCCCGAGGACCGCUUCUAUCCCGCUCAGCUGCAGCAGCAGCUGGCGGCUGACACUGCUACACAGGCCAAGGCUCAAACCGAUGCAAUCUAACAGCAGCCCAUUCGACUACUUUGAACAAGGGAGAAUGUCUGGAGUGACGCCAAGUAGUAUUGGAUGUUUUCUGUUACGGUUUUUUUUACACUUCUUUCGUGCUUGUGCGCACCUUCCGUCCCCGCGCCGUUUCGACUUUUGUCAAAGUACAAUGACGUUUUCAUUUUCUG